GCCUUGCCAUUUUGCAUUGCCACAAGCCCCUUCAAAAGUGUACCUUUUAUCUUUUUCUCUGUUUCUUUCUCUCUGCUAGCUCUAUUACUUAAUUUCUCCACAUUUCCUUUCAAAAUUAAAUGGAAAAAAAUCAAUUGCACAGGCAAAUUGCUGUCAUGAGGCAGUCCCUCUUUGAUCAGGGAUAUCUUGAUGAACAAUUUGUUCAGCUUGAGGAGCUGCAAGAUGAUGCUAACCCAAAUUUUGUAGAGGAAGUGGCUACAUUGUACUACCGGGAUUCAUCUAGACUAAUCCAUAACAUAGAGCAGGCACUAGAGAAGAGUCCUCUUGAUUUUCAUAAGCUGGACAGCUAUAUGCAUCAGUUGAAGGGGAGUAGCUCAAGCAUUGGAGCCAAAAAGGUGAAAGCUGAGUGCACCCAAUUUAGGGAAUACUGUCGGACUGCAAAUGGUGAAGGAUGUAUGAGGACCUUCCAACAGCUGAAGAAAGAAUAUGCUGCACUCAAGAGGAAGAUUGAAGCUUACUUCCAGAUGGUACGACAAGCUGGGCCUACUGAGACAGCAUGUAGCCGCAAAUAGUGAGAAAAGUAGCGCAUGAGGCCCAAAGUUGAAAGUCCGGGCCCUCCAAAUGUAUAAGUACGAAAAUGAUGGGCCUAUGAUUUAUUUCCCAUGUAAGAGAUGUAUAUGCUAUAUUUAUAUGUAUGUUUUUGAUGAAUAAUUAGCCGAAUGCGGUGGAAGAUUAAGCCCCUCUUUUACUCAAAAAUUUAAGCCCCUUCUUU